AUUAAACCUUUGAUAAAUCAUCAUAAAAAAUCUGUUGCAAAUUCAAAACCACAGAUUGAAACCGUCGAAACGAUCGCAGAGCAUUCUUAGAUGUGAUAAAGAGCAACCGCAACGGCCACUUUUCAAAUAGAUUUCUAAAUGUAUUUGAAUGAGAUUCAGUAAUCUAACAGCCAAUUGAUGGACAUUGAACAAGCUCGACGUCGAGAGCCAUCCUCCAUGAACUAAUUGUCAAAGCCUACCCAACAACACCUCGGUCCCUAUUUAGCCACAUAUUUUAACACGGUAGUCACAAAGCGACUACAGAACCCCAGAGGAAUCCCUUAGCUCCCUGAAUUGAUUGGGGGCGUGUGUUAUUUGUAUGAUAGGUCGGCAAGCAAAGGCUGGAGUAUGCUGAGCAAAUGUAUCCAAUGGGGUGGCUCAUUGGGCAGGGACCUUCCAGCAGGAUAGGUUUUCUGUACCUCGCUCCGUGCCGUGGAAAUGUUGGCCAGGAAGUAAGCAAGGUUUUGGCUAGGUUUUCUUUCUCUGCCAGGCUUCGAAAUGUUGCCCAGGAAGUAAGCGAGGUUUUGGCACAUUGUCGCUUUCUUAGCCGUAACGGUAGUGCAUACAACCAAAUUGUGGGCAGAGGGUUCGUCUUCCGCGGUACACGGUGUGCAUGCUGGAGACUGGGUCGCCAUCUUGAUCCUCUAUUUGUCUGGACUGAUGAUCCAGUCCGAACCUUGCUUUACAAGCGGGUACAGGAGCAAGCACCUCCGUAAGGAUACUGACUGAAAUCCAGAGGUUCAGGGUGGAGACGGAGAGGAGAAUUAACAUCAGCGUUUUCCUUACCCAUUGUUUUCUGAGAACUUGGUUAUCGCUUCAUACUUCGAGGCUCCAAUUUCCUUCUCCUCUGGCGGAGUGUAUCGAGCAGAGAUAGAAUUCGAUUUGUGAUUCGCCACCUCCCUGGUGUGUUGCUUUGAGAUCACAGUCCCUGCCUUUGGCACCAAGGCUCCCAAGGCCUCUGUCUCUGCAUAUCUGUGUGUAGUGGAAAGGGAGAAUUCAGAUUUGUGAUAGGCUUUGUCCUGCUGGGUUGUUCUGAUCGAAGUCAUUUCCUUUGGAACCAAAUUUUCAAAAGCUCCUCGCUCUUGACGGGUGUUCGUCGCAAAGGAGAAUUCAGAUUUGUGUUUUUUCUCACCUCCUACUGCGUUGCACUGAGAUCGCAGUCCUUGCCUCUAUCACCAAGGCUUCUAAUUGCCAUAUCUCCGCUCCCAAAACGUUAAAGUUCUAUCGUUGAGAUUGAGGGAUCAGAUUUGUGGUUCUCAUCCUCCCUGCUGAGUUGCUCUGUUAUUUCAGUUACUUCUGCCAACAUCGUACUGCAGUCGCAGUCAUUGCUGUUUCAUCUUGCUCCCAGAGUUUGGGUAAUCUCUAUUUCUUAGGUGUUCUCUGUACAUGCCUUUAUGAAGGCUUAGCAGGUUUCCUAUGGCUUCUACCAAGUGGGCCCAAAUGAGUCCAGUACCCACAGAACCUAUGACAGGGACCAAGGAAAUAUUGUUGGAGUUUCGGGCGGGGAAGAUGCACUUGGAAAAUUCACGAGUCCACUCCGAUCCUCGAAAAGGCUUGGUCCGCAUUGUUCGAGCAGAUGACAGCCUUGUGCACUUUCAGUGGUUGGAUCGAGUACUCAACGUCGUCGAAGAUGACCAGAUUGUAUUUCCCGAGGAAGCGAUUUUUGAGAAGGUUUCGCAAACGUUAGGACGUGUCUAUAUAUUAAAAUUCAAAGAAGAUAAUCGAAAAAGCUUCUUCUGGAUGCAGGGUCCGAGAGCCGAAGAAGAUGAAGAGCUGUGCAGCUUAGUCAAUAUUCAUCUGAACCGACCUUUAGCAGAGAUGGGAGGUGAUGAAGAGCCGGAAUCACCUUUGCAACCUGUUUCGGAAACUUCAGAAGGAGGAGACACAGCGGAGGUUUCAUUAAGAGAUGUGAAUUUAGUCAGUUCUAUCGGAGAACCUUCACCGUCAUCAACAGGAGCUGUACAAUUGAGUGAGCUGCAAAGAAUACUUCAAGGGCUUGGUCAGGUUGCAGUUCCACAAGAUGCCAUGGAAACUAUGCACAGAGAUACAGGUCCAAGUUUCUCUGACAUCCUGAAGCCGGAUGUUGUCAUACCGUUGUUGGAUCGUUCUCAUUUUGAAGACCGCCUUGCUCCUUACCUUCCUGAGGGUGUAAAGACGCCGGAGGCAAUAGCAGAACUCAUGCAAAGUCCUCAAUUUCAGCAACAGCUCGACAUGUUCACUCAUGUAUUGAGAAGUGGUCAGCUGGACUGGGCACAAUUCGGAAUCGAUCCUAGCAAUUAUAAUUUCACAGUGUCUUCAUUUCUGGAGGCGUUUCAAGAUCAGUUUAUAAGUAUGCCCGAUUCAGCUCAGGACGAGAACAUGCCCGAGAGCGAGAGACCUAGAGAGGUCCAAAAGCGUGAUCAAAAGAGAGGGAGGGACAAUGACGUGAUGGAAGAGGGGUUGUAAUUUUGCUUGUACACGUAUUGUAGAAUCUCUCUCAUCCAAGGUCAUUGAAUGGAUUCAUUCUUCGAGUACUAGUUGACCGGAAGUUUUCUGGUCCGGGAGUUGUUCUUACACUACUAGAACUUACACCCACAUGGCGGCUCAAAAUCUUUGUGGGAAGUCAUUGAUUAUGCAUGAGUUUUCCAUUUUAUGGCAAGCUGGCUAACCUUUGAUAUAUCCUCUGGUGCUGCUUUGUGAGAAGCACAAUGUGGCUGUACCUGAGCGAACUAUGAGGGUCUUGAGCUGUCGAUCAUAGCCUCUGGCAUGAUCCUUUAGGACCAUUUCUCUACUAUGGCCAUCAAUUAGAUGGACGGAUAGUACCAGCGAUCCAUCUACUUACAAUGAUGUAAUUCAUCUUCGAUCUGUGUCCGCUCUCGAUUCUCGUUGUUGUUUGCACACAUUUUCUUCUUCGUCCUGGUUCGUUACAUGUUGUCAGAGCACAGUGGACUAGGGUUCAAGUUUUCAGCACGGUAUGAAUGUCCACCCUCAACACCGUAUAAAGCGGAGUAACUAACCAUAGAGAGUAG